AUGGACCUAGAAAACAAUAUCAGCUUUACAUCAAUUUCAUCAAGCCUCACUCAGCAUAGUCAUGAAGAACAUCUUCAAUCUCAUCAAAAUACACCUAACCAUAUCACCAGACGCCAUCAACUCAAAAAUCAUAAAAAGCUAUCCUUGAGUCUAAAUCUACCACUCGAGAAUACUCGCUCUACUCCACCCACACGAUAUCUCACAGACAAAUCAGAAUUAGACUGUGCCCAGAAUCUUCUAUUGAAUAAACCAGCUACAGAUACCAAUUUACGAAAUUUAGGAUCACUCGACAGUUCAAUCUCGAAUUCGGCACGACCAUCUAGUUCAGAGGCGGGUACCUCAUUUGACUGGAAUGGCGAUAUAUCUUUUGAAGAGCAAUCUCAUGAUCCAGACCCUUACCGGGAAGGUCCAGCACAAAUCCUACCAAAUCUCUAUCUUGGGGCAUCUUACAACGCAGCACAAGAUGACCAACUCUGUGCAAACAAAAUCAUCUGUAUCGUUAAUGUUGCAAGCGAAAUAAAAACCCCUACAUCACAAGCAUUUGAUAUCAUCACCCAGAGAUCCCCCGAAACUUUACAAAAUUCUCAGACUCAGCUGUCAGAAAGUACACCCAAAACAAGCAACAUUUCCGAAAAAGCCUCAUUAGUUCAAUAUCAUCAUCUACGCUGGACACACGCACAAAGCAACCUGGCCUAUCAGGAGUUUGACCGAGCUAUCCGGAUAUUCGAAACCUAUCAAAAUGGUACUAGUGGCAAUGUACUUGUACACUGUCAGUGUGGUAUCGAACGCUCAGCAGCACUAGUCAUUGCAUAUGUUCUCUAUCUCUCCUACAGACCUGCAAAGUUUAACAACCCUGCAAAGUCAGAUCGCGAUAAUUUUAAAAAUCUAGCAGACAAGAGGCUGUCGGUAUCAGAAGCGUAUGAAUAUGUCCGUCAGCGUGCACCCUAUAUUCGACCCAACCUGAAACUGAUGUACCAAUUAAGCGAUUUUAAAGAAAGUCUGUCACUUGGUGACAUAGGCUCACUCCCUAGACCUUGCUUAUCUAGUGAGCUUUACAUAAAAAGGUCUGGAUCGGUAAAGGCACACAUGUCUCUUGCGAAUGGCUCUAGUGCAUACCGUAGGCCAAGAUCAUCCAGUCUCCGUGAAUUUCGUGGUCAACCAAAGUCAUUCGAAAUUACGAAGCACAAACAAAUUCAGAUGAAUACUUUGUCAGAUACACCAAAAGGACCUGUCUUGUCUCAAGAGCAGGAGACCCCUUGUGUGCCCGAGAAUAUAAAUCAAGCUCAAUCAAAAGAUGACCAAUGUAUUGGUCAUUCUCCAGUAGUUAUGAGUCCUAUAUUGUUUCGUAGGAUAUUCUCAAUUUGCUAA